AGCGGCAAACGCCCAAAUUCGCGUACAUGGACAUCUCGACCAACCACCCCGCUUCGCCCUCCUUCUCAGUCAUCCUUCCGCGGAUCUCUGCAAUCCACAGGCGAUGGAGACGGCGCUUUUCCUCUCAAGAGAUUGGAGCCAGCAUUUGCGGAGCUGUCUGAUGCCAUGGCGGAUCUUGAGGCAAACAUGAUGCAUUUUCAACUCAUAGACGAAAGUUUGGCUAGAUUUGGCGAAUCGUUCGCGAGCUUUCUUUACGGCCUAAAUAUGAACGCCUUUUGCGUUGAUUUCCCAGAGUCUCCCAUUCCCCAGUCGUUCCGUCAAGACCGUCAGCCAAGCACCGAGUUACGGCCAGCACACGACGCAGAAGCAACUUAUAUGACGACCGAUAUAUCCUUUGUGGAAAGCCCCCCAAAAUCGACAAGGCCUAAUUCGAAGCAAAAUGUGCCUGAACAACGCCAGUCACGUUUGCCAUCGGCACGAGGCAGCUCAACAAGGGGCAGACUAAAGAGUCGCUCCUCUAGCCGGCCUAGUGGUCUUGUGAGGCCUCGGGGACGGUCUCUAAGGUAG